AUGUCGAGUGGUGUGCUCAGGGAUUCGGAGGCGAGUCGUCGCCCUCAGGACACCGAGGGGUCUGCUUCUGAUAGGAGCAUCGAUGAAGCCGCAGAGUUUUACCACCAACAAGGGAGGAGCGGGCUGAGUCUCUCGUCUUUUUUGUUGCUGAAAUACGGCUUCGUCGAGACCGACAUCAUGUCAGCAGCAGAGUAUGGAAACCUGAGAGCCGUGAAGGUUCUGCUGAAGAUGAAAGGUAGCACACAGAAUAAGCUUGGAGAGACCGCGCUCAUGCGGGCGGCGUACGGGGGCCACCCGGAAUGCGUGAAGUUCCUGCUGAAGAGGGAAGGCGGCAAACGGAGGAACAACGGCACCACCGCCCUUAUGUACGCAGCACGGCGCGGCAAACUGGAGUCCGUGCAGCUCCUCCUGGAGAGGGAGGGUGGCAUGAAAACGGAUGAUGGGAAGACCGCCCUAAUGUAUGCAGCACAGUAUGGGCGCCGCGAGUGUGCGGAGGCUCUACUGGACAAGGAAGGCGGGAUGAGGGCCAACAGUGGGUGGACUGCCCUCAUGCACGCAGCCGACAACGGUUGCUCGGACUGCGUGAGGCUUCUAGUAGACAAAGAAGACGGCAUGAAGACUAACAACGGAUGGACAGCGCUCAUGCAUGCAGCGCAGGGUGGUCACCUGGAGUGUGCGAGGCUCCUGAUGGACAAGGAGAAAGGCAUGCAGACCACCCGUGAGUGGCUCGGCUUCCCGCCCGGCACCACCGCCCUCGACAUCGCAAGGAGGCAUGGCCACGACGCAAUCGCCUCUCUCCUCGAGUAA